AUGGUGCUUCGUGCUGUGAUCCGCCGAUCCAAUGAAUCGUUCCGAUCGAGGGCGCAGGUGUCUCGGAGUCCCACGACGGUUAACAAGCUCGACGAGGCAAUCGAGCGUGAGGUGCGCCCUUGGCUGGACCUUGUGGACUCGCUCAGGGCUCAGGGCAUCCAGGAUGAGCUCAGUCUGCCUCAGAUCGCUGUGAUGGGCGACCAAUCUUGCGGGAAGAGCUCCGUUCUGGAGGCGUUGUCCGGCGUCCAGUUUCCCAGGGGAUCGGGGCUGGUGACGCGAUGUCCCGUACAGCUCAUCAUGAAACGCACCAAGCCCGGGGAUGGAUGGCACGGUAAGACUAGCGUGGAGUGGAAGCGGGGUCCUCAGCCCCCCGCGGCGGGGCACGUGGCGUCGCCGGAGGCGCUGGUCGGGGUGAUCGAGGAGCUCAUGAAUGCGGUGUGCGAGGGUCAGAAGAAUGGCUUCAGCAGCGACUUUAUUGCCAUCGAGAUCAAGUCUCCCGACUGCCCAGACCUAACGCUCAUCGAUCUUCCAGGGAUUGUUCGAACGGCCGUGUCAGGCCAGAGCCAGGGGGUCAUCACGGAGGUGAACGGACUGAUCGAGAACUAUCUCCGGUCAGAGCGGACCAUCAUUCUAGCCAUCGUGCCAGCCAAUCAGGACGUGGCUACGGUGGACAUCUUGGAGAGGGCCAAGAAGGUGGACCCGUCGGGAAAGCGUACGAUCGGCGUGUUGACGAAGCCGGACCUCAUUAACCCGGGUGGAGAGGCGGAGGUGCUGGAGGUGCUCAGCAACAACAGAAAACCGCUCAAGCUGGGAUACGUGAUGGUCAAGAAUCGCAACCAGCUGCAGCUGCGGGAGGGGGUGUCUCUCAAGGAGGCCCACGACGCGGAGAUGGACUUCUUCAAAUCACACGCUGUCUUCAAAACCGUGGACAGUACCUGUCUCGGAGUGGAGUCGUUGACGAAGCGGCUCGUGAGCCUGCUGACGGUCAGGAUCAAGGACGCUCUGCCCAACAUGAAGUGGGAGCUGCAGGAAAGCUUGUCGGAGGUGGAGCGGGACCUGAUACCGCUGGCGCAGCACGCCCCCCAGAAGUUCGGCGACAAGCUCAAGACGCUGGUACAGCUGAUCGGGGUGUUCUGCCGGUUACUGAGGAGCAGCAUCAAGGGGGAGUACCGGGAUCCUGCUCUCAACACGCACCCCGAACUGCGAGUCAGAUCUGUGGCGGACCGAGCUUUCCGAGACCUGCAGAGCGGCGUAGCUUCUCUGAACCCGGGGUUCGAGCACCCGGAUUUCCCGAAAGUUCUGCAGGAUCAGCUCAAGGCCCACAGGGGGCGAGAGCUGUGCGGGAUCGUCAACAGCCAGUUUUUCUUCAUCUUCAUGCUUCAGCAGGUCGAAAAGUUCCGUCCCGUUGUAGAAACGUGUCGAAAUCUUUGCUGCAACAGCCUCCUCAACAUCGCGGUCAGCCUCGUCAGCGAGGUGGCCCCCCAGUACCCCCGACUGCAACAAGCCUUCCAGGGCAUCAUCGAGAGCACAGUGCCGAACAUGGCGGAGGAGCUGCAGCCCGAGCUCGACCAGCUUUUCGACAAAGAGAAGAACCCCUUCACGGAGAACCAGGAUCUGGUUGAGGCGAUCAAUCAAGUCAGGUUCGAGCGGUUUGACAGGGUGCUGCAUCAGGUUCUUGUAGAGGCCGGAGACGGCCCUCCCAACGGCGGGGAUGCAUCUGACGUAACCCCUCUCAAGGAGUGGGUCACCUAUAACCUCGGGCAGUGGUUCCGGUUCGCCCACGGAGCGAAUCCUACCUCCAAGGUGGAAGACAUGAGCACCAUCCUGCAGGCCUACUGGCGCGUGACGUCCAAGCGCGUCGUGGACAACGCCUGCAUGCUCCUGGAAACCUCCUUCUUCGGGCAAGUGGUGGACAGGCUGGAGACCCAGCUCCUCGCGCUAACCCAGGCGAUCACCCAAGAGGAGGGGCAGGACAAGGCGGAGGCGAAGGCGGCGGCGGGGCAGGAGGGGAUGGGAUGGCAGCAGCCCCGGUUGGGCAUCUUCAACGAGGACGCCGUCCUUGUGGAGAAGCGGUCGUUCCUGCUGAUGCGGCAGCAACGGUUGAAGGCGGCGCUGGGAAAGAUCGAAAACUUCGCGCCCGAUGUCUUGGCCGUCUCCAAGCGUCUGCACGAGAACGAGCGGAUGCCAGCAGCGCGUGGCGGCAGAAGCGGUACAGGGCCAAGCCGAACGGAAGACACCCCUCCUCAAGGGGGCGAUCACGUGCGGUCCUUCAAGAUGGACCCUCAGGUGUUCGCGGGAUCUAAGCCGGAGAGGCGCGCUACGGAAGCGAGGGACGGCAGCCUGGCGCACUUCGUCUACACCAAGGACGGCGACAACGGGGGGCUCAUCUACUGGCUCGGGACUCGAAGACACACGCGUAAAAAGUUCGAAAAUCCGCACGACGCGGGGCUGGUGUUCGUGAGCACCUCGGGCUUCAAGGAUGGUGGGCCGUCAACGCUCGUGUCUCGGAGAAGAGUGCCUUGCUCCACGACCGAUGAGGACGGGAGCUGGUACUGCGUCGACGUGGGACAGAACCAAAAAAUGCAGGUGAGCCAUUAUUCGCUCUGCCACGGUUCCGCUACGGGUGAGUGCGACCUGGUGAACUGGGUCUGCGAGGGCUAUGACUCGACAAUCAAAAUGUGGGUCAUCGUGACGCAGGACGUGAGGAACUCUCCUCCGUUCUUGAAGUCGCCGUACGGGGUGGGUACGUGGAAGGUGGACACGAUGGACAAGGCCUUCCGGUUCAUAAGGCUAAGGAGCACCGGAGUCAACGGAAGGUUGGGAAACGCGAUGGCCCUCUGCGCGAUCGAGCUCUACGGGAAGCUGUACGCAGACGAGGCGUAGUAGUAAAACUUUGGCGGAAGAAAGAGACACACGAACGGCUAUAGCUGGACCGGGGGGCCUAUUUGGCGGCGAAUGCUUGGCAGGAUACUACCCUCCUCGGACAGAUUUGGAUGCCUUCCUUGCUGUUUCUGUCUUGUAUACCCUCUGUAGCCGCCACCAGACCCACUCAUCGCAGUAGUAGGGGUAUUUCCGACACUGCUGUGCUGGAGUUUUUCUCCUUCGAUAAAAACGGCGCCUGGGGGUUGGUUGACGGGGGCCCCGCCGUUUAAGAAUUUUGUUCGCCACGCGGGCGUACCAAGACAUAUCGGUGGUCCACGCCGCACGACGAAAUACUGUCCGCAGCACAAGCGGUUUUGUGUGUGCCACUUGGGUUAUCUUACGUCCGUCAUCAUGUUGACGCUGCGUGUAUCCCUGCCGCUUGGACUGCUCCCUGAUUUAUUGAUGGCGUUUUGUUGGUCGUUCGGCUUGCUGGUGGUGUUGCGAGAGCACGUCUUGGGGCGCCGUUGUAGGGGACUUGGGGGGCUCGCGGGCGCGUUUUGCUGCGGCGACUCUACCGGUCUGAAAGCUGUCCGUUUGACCAGUGAAGGCGGUCAUCGCGAAAACGCUGCUAUAUCUACCGAUUCGAGGCGCCGGCUGAGUGCUUCCUUCCCUGUUUGUUCCCCAAGGGUGGCUCUACGCGAACCGCUGCUGUGAUCCGGCACACGCACGUGCCAGCAUGCAGGGAGGGGGGGGGAGGGAGAGUGCCGUCAAGGUGAACGGAGCGUUGCUUGUGCGGUACUGGCAGGGAGAGAGGAAAGGUCGAUUGCCCGAACGUCGACUCUAGUACCGGUAACCGCCAUGGUUUCAUUACAAGAGUGAGCUUUUGACAGAAAUUCUCUUGGUGUGGAGGUUCGGUAUAUUUCAGCAGGGCGUGUUGGAAACCAAGCGAACACUCGGCGUCGGCGGUGUUGUGGUGAUGAGUCCACCCCGUGUGUGCGGACAAAUACGAACAACGGUUUGGAGGUUUCGUUUGAAGGGGUGAAAAUGCCUUUAUGACCGAACCCCAGUGUUUGGAGCAGCGUUGAGAGAGAGAGAGAUGGAACCCCCGAUGCGACGACUGAGUCACCGACAAAGACUUUGCUAUCGCGGAAAAUACAGCCCUUUAUGGCGCGGUUGUUCCAGCAGCCGAGAGGAUAAAAAUUGUUCAUGUUCCCUC